AUGUGUCUACUCAUGCUUAGGAAGCAAAGCAGUUGUUUCGUGCCCGGGUGCACGACCGGUUACAAAUCGUGCAAGAAGGAACUUUCUCUUUUUGGUGUGCCCAAGGAUGAAAGCACGUUCGCUCAAUGGCAGCGCGCGAAGAAGUAUCUGAAGCUUCGGCAUGUUAAAGUUAAAAAAAAAACAGGGGCAGACGCAACGCCGUUUGAAAAUUCAUCGGACACUAUCACUACAAGGGCAUAUUUUUUCACGUGCUCACGCUCUACUCAUAAGGUUGCCUGCUGGAAUGCACCUAAAGGCUGCAGCUUCAUCGGCACUGCAGCCAGCCUCUUGGACCAUUACAAGGAGUGCGGCUUCAGCAUCGUGCCUUGCUGCCUGUGCCGCUCUUUAGUAUUGCAGUGCGACAUUUUGGAGCACUUCAAGAGUGGAUGCAGCAUUCGCGAAGCAAUGUGUGAGCCUCCAGACAAUCUUGCCACAGAAGACCUCAAGGACGUCGGCAGUGCUUGUCUUGAGAUGAAGAGAGCCACGGGAAAGAUAUCCGAGGACCUCAUGUUGCUGCAGACCAGCCUGAACCGGUGCAGCAAUGACGUCAGGGCUGAGGGUGCAAGAUGCAAGGGCCAAUUGGAGGCUGAGGCUCAACAGCUCAACAGCCUUAACGUGGUCUGCACCACCGGUUUUGCCAAAGAACUGCAAGUUCUCCAGCCAGCAAUGACCGACUACAAAUACGAUGUGAGCAAGGAGCUCCGUUUGCUAAGCUGUUGUAAGCCUGUGAGGGUCCACUGGUACAUUGCGGGGUGGGCAGACCUAAAGAAGAAAGCACUUGAGGUGGCGUUGCGGUCGUUAAAUAGUCUCACCACAUGGGCCAUUUACGGUUAUAGUGUCUCCCUAGUUUUUAAACUUUAUAUAAAGGAAAGUAACGGCUGGAUUGUCUGCUUCAUGCGGAUACACCUCGGGGAACAGGACCUGCAGCUGGAAUGGCCCUUUCGCAAGGUUUACAGGGCUGGUGUCAUUCACCCCAAAGACCAAUCAAAUGAGAUUUCACGCAUGGUAAAUCCUGGUAACGGUGAAGAUGAAUGCCAGCAAUGCUUCCUGAGGCCCAAAGAAAAACCAAAUGUUGCAUGUGGAGCAGACCUGGCAACAGCCGAGAAGCUUGAAACGGGUGGGUUUAUACAAAACAAUACACUCCACAUGUUCUUAGAGGUAGAGCCCUAAUCUCUCCAUAUUUGCCAUACCCUAAUUAGGAUUAAGCAGGUACUGAGUAGUGAACAGCCCUUAGGCUUGCUUAAAUCUGUUUGUUUUUUUGUAUUUUAUUUUGGUUUUAGUUUUGAUUGCAGACUAAUCAGCUUUUGGACUUCGUAGCUAAUUUAGAAUGCAAACAGUCAGGAGCGAUAUUUUAGUUAUGCUUGCGUAAAUGUUGUUUCUUUUGAUGGGAACUUAAUUUUUUAUAAAUUCAGCUUUUUCUUUAUGGUGUUGUCAUGCCUAUUUUUUGUUUUCAGACACAUUUUUAUAUGAGGUAGCUAAACCUGUCCACACAACGGCACAGACCUUGCUUUUGCGAGAUAGUUCUUUGUAUUCGUGAGAAAAAUCGCAUUGGAGAGAAGAUAGAAAAAACCAUUGUCCCAACUGCACAACGGCGCAAAUCUGGAGGCUGGAGAAAUAAAGAAUGCAGCUUUCUACACAAUCAAACUUUUUAAGUUUAAUGCACGCAUACUUUACUGUCAGAAUUAGUAAAAGUAAACUUAUAUGAGCAUAUAUUUCAAGCGAAAUAAAAUGCCGAACUUGGCUUCUGGAGCAAACCUUACAUAAUAAGGCAUUUUUCGGCGAAUUUUUAAGUCGCUUCAAAUUUAUAUUCUAAAGCUGAAACUUUUUGUGUCAAGUGUUUAAUGCUUUGUACAUUUUCAGCAAAUUAAUUAGCGUUUUACUGUUGAAAUUGUUUUCUGCAUUGCGCCCGAAAAUGUCAUGCAAAUAGAAGAAGUCAAAGUUUUGCGAUUUUCGUGCGGCAAUUAAAAAAGAUCAUUCUCGAUUUCAUUUAAAUUCUACCCGAUGGGCCCUUGAUGACCGGUAAUUACAAAUCUGCAAAAUCAUGUUGCAUUAUUUCGUUUUAAAACAAGGAAAUAAAUGUGUA